AUGGCAUCACUACCACAAAAAGGAAAAGACGACAUCGCCUCCACCAUUUCAAAACUCAGCAUAGGCUCCGCAAAACAAGCAACACCAUCCAAAAAGUCCAAAGAGCCCGUCGCAGACUCUUGGGAAGAUGAAGAUGUAUCUGACGACGAAGCAGAGGCAACAGCAGAGGCAGAAGACGAAGAUGAAGACCAAGACAAAGACGUGGACGCAGGAAUCUCAACGCCAUCAUCGCUUGCCACUCCCGCCGUUCCUCCACCAACACCCGCCUCACCAUUGGGCUACGAAUCCCCCCACGAAUGGGCAUCCUUAGCCAGUCAAAGCCAGAGCCCAAUGGCGACCACGGCAUCGGCAUCCGCCACAGGCAGCGGGAGCGGCACCCCGGCACGGAGGCCCGAGAAGACGGACGCGGUGGCCAGGCGGCUGAUUGCGGCGGGGCUGGGCAUCAAGGCGCCGCGGCAGACGGACGAGCAGAGGGCGUAUCAGCGCUCUGUGAGGGAGCAGGAGAAGAAGAAGAGGGAGGAGGCCAAGGCGGAGGAGGAGAGGAGGAGGGCGGAGACGGAGAAGGCGAAGAUGGCUGUGUGGGACGAUUGA